GGUGCAGGCGCGGCUCUGAAAGCAUUUCUAUUUCGGCGCAAACGCAAAUGUCGCGAGAGUCGCCGCGCUCGAGACGCUUUGGCACGCGGCCGGCCGGCGCCCGCGCACACACACUCCUUAGUUUACGCGUAUGUUUCCCGUAUGAAACACGUUUAACCUCAUCAACAGCACGCCCAAUGUUUUGCCUUCCUAUUAGCGAUCAUAAUAAAAGUGCUUUGUGAAAUUGGAACGAACAUAAGUUGCAGUAAGUGAAGUGACGAGGACACAGUGCAGUGAUAAACUAUUCGAAUUUAUUUUUGUGUUUAACAUUCACUUAAUGCAGUACAGUCAAACUUUAAGGAAAAGUCACAAUAAGAGUUCAAUGCCUUGAUUCUGAACUUCCAAUAACCAAAACAUUAUUAGUAAUUUAUAUCGAAAUUCAUCAAAUAACCUAAGUUACUAUUGCUUUAUUGUGUCAAUAUUACUUUGUUUUAAUAUUCCUAUUGUGAAGGUCGUCAAUCUCGUCGCCGUAUUAUUAUGAGUCAUGACUAUUGGCUAGUACUUGUGUCUCCUAUGUUAUAAUUUGGAACAUACUCUGUCUAGCAUUACGGUUUUUUGUAGUUAGGAACUGUUUAAUUGCUGUGUUCAAUUUAAAUGAUUGUGUCCCGUUGACGCGACUCUGUCGUUAGCUGCAGAGUUAUAAACUGGCUCAUCCACGAUAAUGAUGAGAGAUUUAGAUAACUGUCAGUGAAUAAAAGGCAUUCAUUCAUUCCUUGUUUGUUUAGAGAUAAAGCAAAAUAUAUACACACCCGCAUUUAUGUGUGAUCGGCGUUAAUGUAUGCGCUACAGAUACCGGUGUUUGUUCAGUGAUAAUGAAGCCGCGAGGAGCCCUCGCGCGCACCACGCUCACUCUACGCAUUCUUUGCAUAGUCUGAUCCACGUGCUCACCUACCUGUUUGAGGUAACAGAGUUCAUAAAAACUAGUGACGUCAUCGUCUCUCUACUGUAGCAUGUAGAGCGUGGUAUCUGUGAAUUUGAUGGUGAAUAGUGUUUGUGAUAAGUGUGUGGGGUGCGGAGCGCGUGUGUGUCGGUGCGCCGAUAUGUUGUUGUAUGGUAGCGGGCCAGUGAGAGGGGCUGUACAACGGAGACUCUCAGGUCCCUGCGGAGUUCCAUGCUGUCCUGGGGCAGGGGCGGCAGCUCCGCAGGCAGCUCGAAGCCGAUGCCGCUCGCGUGCCGGCCGCCGGCGCCCGCGCCGCCCUACUCCAGCGGCGAGGAAGCCGCCAGCGACAGCGAAGCUCAAGGCGCGCUGCUCGCGGGCUCCUCCGCCCUGGCUAGAAGACGACACGCCAUAAGAUUCAAAAGAAAAUCUAAAAUUGUCUACAGAAUUAUCAGACGGACGGGCGAUGUCGGGGGCGCGAGAGUUCUGCGGUCCACGCCGGAUUGGAGCGACACUGCCAUCAGCGGGGAACACCUGUGGUCGCCCACCUCCGUGUCUGGCGACUGCUGUUACGUCGGCGAUGCUGAGUGCCAGAAACACGGGUCCCGCAUGAAAUGUUCGGCGUGCAAGAUCGUCGCGCACACAGCAUGCAUCGACAUUCUGAUGGACCGCGUGCAGUUCACGUGCAAGCCGACCUUUAGGGACGUGGGCGUGCGCCAGUACCGCGAGCAGACCAUCACCCACCACCACUGGGUCCAUCGCCGCUCAGAGAAGGGCAAGUGCAAGGCCUGCGGUAAGUCAUUCCGGCGCAGCUGCUGUCGGUGGUGCGUACCGAGGCACGACACUGUAGACAAGGCUAUAGGAGUAGACAGUGGUGAAGUUGUGAAUUCGCUGCAGGCUAAACUAUCAUUUAGCUCGAAGGAAAUCGUUGCCUUGACUUGUUCGUGGUGUAAAGACGCGUACCACAACAAGGAAAGUUGUUUCAAUCUUCAGCGGAUAGGAGAAGAAUGCUCAUUAGGAUUGCAAUAUAAUAUAAUAGUACCGCCGUCGUGGAUCGUCAAAUUGCCAAGAAGGGGUAGUUUUAAGUCAUCGUUAAGAAAAUCGCCUAAGAAAAAAAGUGCUUCCAAGAAAAAAGGGAAAGAUUCGAAGAAUGAACAAAAAACAUUCGUAAUUAAGCCUAUUCCUACGGCAAGCGUGAAGCCAGUAUUAGUUUUUAUAAAUCCGAAAAGUGGAGGCAAUCAGGGCGCCAAAUUACUGCAGAAAUUCCAGUGGCUGCUCAAUCCUCGACAAGUUUUUGAUCUCACACAAGGAGGACCUGGACCAGGUCUGGAGCUGUUCCGCAAGGUGCCCAACCUGCGCGUGCUAGCGUGCGGAGGCGACGGCACGGUGGGCUGGGUGCUCAGCGUGCUGGACCGCAUCGGCACGAGGCCGGCAGUCGGUGUGCUGCCACUCGGUACUGGGAACGACCUCGCGAGGGCACUCGGAUGGGGAGGAGGUUAUGAAGAUGAGCCAAUAUCGAAGAUCUUAGCGAACAUUGGUGAGAGUGACACCGUGUUGCUGGAUCGUUGGGAGCUGAACGUGGAACCGAAUACUGCGGCGGCCGGUGAAGACACCAGUAACGCCAAGCCAGAGCUACCUCUCAACGUCGUCAACAAUUACUUCUCGUUUGGCGUCGAUGCUCACAUAGCCUUAGAAUUCCACGAAGCCAGGGAGGCGCAUCCAGAAAAGUUCAACUCUCGAAUAAGAAACAAGCUGUUCUACGGCACCGCCGGGGGGAAGGAUCUCAUGCAGCGCAAGUGGAAGGGGCUCGCCGAGUUCGUCACCAUGGAGUGCGACGGCAAAGACCUCACGCCCGUGCUCCGCGAGCACAAAGUUCACGCCAUUGUCUUCUUAAACAUUCCAAGUUAUGGGGGUGGGACACACCCUUGGAAUAAGUCGGGGGGAGCCUUUGAGCCCUCGACUGAAGACGGCUUAAUAGAAGUAGUCGGAUUAACCACUUAUCAAUUGCCACUGCUGCAAGCGGGUGGGCAUGGGACCUGCAUCUGCCAAUGCAAGACCGCUAAGAUCGUGACCACGAAAGUGAUCCCCAUGCAAGUGGACGGAGAGGCUUGUCGCCUGGCGCCGUCCGUCAUCACGCUGUCCCGGCUCAACCAAGCCAUCAUGCUUGCCAAGAAGAAACCCGGCAGGACUAUUGCACCUCAAACAACAUUAGACAAGCUCACCCUCACAGUGAAUCUCAUAACGAUGGCUGAUUACGAACGCCAUCAUUACGACAAGGAACUGCUCGCAAAGACAGCGGAACAAGUCGGUACUCUAGACGUGAACCCUGCUGCGGACUUGGAGCAAAUGCGCGGCCUCAUUCAGAACAUGAUCAAAGAAUCUCAAGCAUACUCGAACCUCACCGACUGGUGGUUUGUCGACUCUGUAACAGCAGAGCGGUUCUUCCGCAUCGACAAGGCUCAGGAAAACCUUCACUACCCGGCGGACAUCGGUCACGACAACAUCUACAUACUGGACGCGGCGCCUCACACUCCCGACACUGAGUCCACGGCACACCCCGACACGACGGCGACGGGCUCGCUGGAGCGAACCGCGGCAUCUGUGUCGCUUGACACAACGACUGGCCUGUCGGUGUCGCUGGACAUCUCGCAGAGUGUCGACACUCCUAGUGCUGCGGUCUCGCUUGAUGUGCCUGAGUCACAUCCUUGUGAAUCGGGUCUUGGCAGUCCAGCGCGGUCAUCAGAAGAGAUGUUGUCACCGCAAACGCCACCUCCUAGCGCUGUGCCAACCACUCCCACGACGCCGGUUUCCAUUAAGCCGCCAUCACCAGCACCGGUGUUGGCACCUGUACCGAUUCCGGCACCUCUUAGCCCGGGUUCGGCACCUGGCGAACCAUUAUCACCACCACUGUGUACCAGUCCAUUAACCAAAGACCACGAGCCUACCACCGACUCCAUAGCGCGGUUCAAAACCAUACAUGAGAAAUUAUUUGGACUUGAGCAAGAAGUGUUUGGCUAUAGAAAUUUAUUGGAAAAAACAUCUGACGCUCUGCUGAAAGCGGCUAAAGUUGGAGAUCUGAGAAUGAUGAAAGACUUGCACGCGGCGGGGUACUCGCUGCUGUCGAUCGACGCGAGCGGCCAGACGGCGCUGCACGUGGCCGCGCGGUACGGGAACAAGGAGAUCGUGAAGUACUUGGUGGCGUGUGCUCCGACUGCGAUACUGAACAUGAGGGACAACGAGCGCGGGCAGACGGCGCUGCACAAGGCGGCGGCGCACAAGCGGCGCGCGGUGUGCUGCAUGCUGGUGGCGGGCGGCGCCUCGCUCACGCGCCGCGACCACGCCGGCCUCACGCCCAGGCAUCUCGCGCUGCGGGCCGAGGACCACGACCUCGCCGCAUAUCUUGAAAGUCAGGAACAUUUCCAAUUAGUGUCGGAAGAUUUAGAAACUGCCGUUUAAAACUGAAACAGGUUUACCGCGUCCUCAGCGGCAGGAAUGUAUCGUGGGAGCUACCAAACUCUAGUGAUAUAGUGAUAAUAUGACUUGCGAAUAUUGUUUGAAACACCCAAGUGAUAUUCAGAUCUGGUGUAGGAUAAAAAAAAACAUUUCAUUAUUAUAAUAAUUAUAUCGAAACAGUUAACAUUAAUAAUACUUAUAUUUUCGUCAUAAAUAAUAAUAUAUUCAAUUAAUUUAUUGAAUUUAGUCGCUGUAAAUGUUACAGAUAAAUAUUUCAAUUUAUAGCCUACAAAACAUUCUAAUUAUAAUAAAUUUACAAUAUUAUGAUAUAGAGCUUUUAAAAUUUAAUUCAUUAAGGUAAUUCAAAUUUGUUCAUUAUUAUCUUUACUGUAACAUUUAUAGUUGUAGUCAAAUAUGAAUUUAGAAUAAACACUUAUAAGGUGAAUC